UCCUUCCUGUAACCGCCCCUGCUCCUGUCUCACUGAUCGAUGCGCUUUUUCAGUCACCCAGUCAACAGGGGCUUCUCCAGCGUGCGCGUCGCCAUGGAAACGGACGGAGCAGCGUUCUUUUUCCAUGGAAACGAUCGACUCGGCGUUCUGUUUCCACGGCAAUAGUCGAAGAAGCGUCCUCUUUCUUAAACAAUCUACGUAGAAGUCACGCCUCACGCGCCGCUGAGUUUGAAACUGUAGCUUGAAAGUUUAGCGCGACUGGAAAGCCGGAGCACACACAAGUAAAAAAGAAUAUCCAUAAAUCACGGCUUUUUCUUGGUGAGGAAAAGGCGUCUUUCAGAAGGCACUGUGAAAGGAGCCAUUACUCUUCCUCGUCUACUUGUUGUCGCCGUUACUAUAGCUGCUGCAAUCUGGAGAAUUUUUCACGGGCGAAGGCCAACUACUAUAACUUCUUGUGAACCAUGAGCUCGGAAAGUGAAAGAAACGAGCAGGGGCCGGGUCUGCAGUUAGAGGCGGUCAUUCAGAAACUGGAGGACACGGUGCUGAAUCCUGACAGCAGUGGAGAAGAGAAAUCUUUGAUGGUCCGAGGAGAGGUGCAGGGCAGCCCUGCAACACCUAUUCCAGUUCGCAUUAGAGAAAUUGUUACUCGCAACCUGACAGAAGAAAGCUCCAAAGCCCCAACAGAAAUGACAUCCAGUAGCUCACUGCUAGAGGAAAACCAUAUGCUACAGCAGGAGCUGUGGAGGGUUGAAGACCUACUGUCUCAGACGCGUGCUGAACGAGAUGAGCUGAUCAUAAAACAUCGUGCAGUCAGCGAACGGCUGGAGCAAGCAUUGUCCCUGGAAACUGGAGACAAAGAUCAUGAGGUAGGCCUGUUGGCAUUGAGGCGCCAGUUUGAGGAUGAUGAAAAGGUCUACAAAAAAAAGCUGCAGGCCUACCAAGAUGGACAACAGCGACAGGCACAACUGGUUCAGAAACUACAGACAAAGGUUCUCCAGUACAAGAAGAGAUGUGGUGAACUUGAACAGCAGGCAAUUGAGAGGUCUUCUGAAUUAGACAACACAAAACACUUGAUGCAAAGCAAAUUGGAUGCAGCUGAGUCCCGCCUGAGACGUAGUGAACAAGACCAUAACACUGAUCUGGAAAGUGCCCUCAUUCGACUGGAGGAAGAGCAACAGCGGAGUGCUAGCCUCACCCAAGUUAACAAACUGUUGAGGGAGCAGCUAGAGCAAGUCAAUGCAGCCAAUCAGCGACUAACAGAGAACUUACGCAAAGCUAAGGAUGAAGUGGAGGAUCGAGAAAUUCGAUGGCGCAAGGAAAUGGAGAUGUCCACGUCACGUCUCACACGGGAACAUAAUCGAAUGCUAGCACUGUGGCGCCAAGUGGCUUCUCUUCGCAACAGCUUCACUGAUCUGCGGGCUGCCACUGACAGGAGCCUUUCAGAGAUUCGUUCAGACUCUACUCGGGUAGCUCGUCGCCUGCAAACCGCCUGUCUGAACCUGCAGUCAAAUCUAACAGAGAAAAUUGUUCCAGGCCAGGACAUAGCACUGAUUGAGCAACAGCUUAAAGAUAAACUGAAGGAAGCCAUGCAGUUGCAGAGCCGCUGGGAUAGUGAGAAGGUUGAGCUCAAUAGCAGAAUCCUAGAAUUAACAGACAUGGUAAAACACCUAAGGCUCCAAGUUUCUGAGAAGGAGGCUGACAUAUUAGCUUUACAGGAAACGGUUGAAAAAUUGGAAGCUGGCAAGGUUCAAGACUCCUCCGAGAUUGAGAUGCUCAGAUGUGAGACAGAAAAUUUAAAUCAGAUUAUCCACAAUAUUACUCAGGUAGCACGUGUUGAUUUUGACAGCAGCAUGCCUUCAGAUGGUAGUGCAGACAUCAGUGAAGUUUCAACAUUUAUGCCUCCUCGUCAUUCAUCUCCUGGCCGUGCACUUUCUCCUACUCGUGCUCGUUCACCCCUCCGUAGUGCUUCCCCAACCUUCAGAGACUCUGCUGUAGUGGCUGUCCAGAGUGUUCUACAGAGACGACAGCUUCAGGUGCAGGAACUCCGCACUCGUUUGGAUGUGGCUCAAGAGCAACUAGGGACCCUGCGAAAGCAGCAAGCUGACAACGAUUCAGAAAAGAGAUCUCUAGAACAGAGACUGCAACAUAUGAGACUUGAGUGUCAACAGGCUGAACGAUCGUUGGAAGAGAGCAAAAGGGAUGCCCAACGCUACCGUUCAUCAAUUGAGCUCAUUGGAAGCGAGAAAGGAAAUCUGGAAAAGCUGAUCCAGGGCCUGAACCAACAAAUUGAUACCUUGCAGGGUGACCUUGACAAGUUAAAAGCCAUGAACAUUGAUCUGCAGCGCCAGCGUGACCACUUGGAGGAUCAGAAAGAGGAUCUAGAAAGAGAAAAGGAGCACUGUCGGAAGGAGCUAGAACGCAGUCAAAAGGCCCUGGAACAGCUUGAAUCAAAAAAUUCCAACCUGAGGAAGGAGAUGGUGGUGCUGAAAGAAAGUCUGAAUCAGGCAAACCUGCAGAAGGAAGUCUUAGAGGAUGAGAAAGGUGGCCUUGCAGAAGCCCUUGCUAAGGUCGAGUCCCAGUGCAGGGAGAAAGAGCUUGCCUUCAACAAACUCCAAAGUGAAGAAGCAACACUUAAAGACUCUCUGGCGAAAAUGGGUGCUUUGAAUGAAGGCUUGGCUAAAGACAAAGUUGAGCUGAACCGUCUCAUCCUACAGAUUGACUCUGAGAAGAAUCAGCUGAGACAGCAGAAACUUGAACUGGAACAAGAGCGUUUAACAUUGCGAGAAGACGCUUCAAGACUAGAAAAAGAGAUGCUUGACCUGAGAACUGAAAAGAACAGUGUGGAGAACAUCCGACUUACCCUGGAGGAAACCAGGAUGAAGCUUGAGCAGGAGCUUAAUGUCCUACGGCAUGAGAAGGCUCAGCUCCAUGAACAGUACACCCAGGUAAACCGACAAAAACAGAUCCUCACUGACCAGCUGAGCCACAGCCGAAGGGAACUUGAGAGCCAGGCGGACUCCCUUCUUCAAGCAGCAAAAGAAAAGGAGGAACUGACCAGAGAUAAGGCCAGCUUGAGUGUGCAAUUGGCCACAGUGGAGCGGGAGUGCCGAGGGCUGAUUGAGGACGUGGCAGCCUUAAAAGAGGAAAAGGAGACACUCGAAACAGCUUUGUUUGAAAGCCAAGAGGAAGUAUCAACUCUAGAAGGGCGGAAAAGCCAGCUGGAGUCUGAGAACCGGGCCCUGGUGAUCACCCGUGAAAAACUUACAGGAGAGAUAGAGAAGGUGCGUGCCGAGGCUGAACUGCAGCUUACAAAAUUAGAAAGAGACCGGCAACAACUUGAAAUUAAACUGCAACAAACUGAGAGAGAGAUGCAAAUUGCCAAGGGAAAUGCUGAGCGUGUGCACCAGGAAGAGGUGGAAAGAUUUCGCAAAGAGAAGGAGAACCUGAUACUGGAAUUAAUGGCAGAAAGAGAGGAAGCUGUUUGCAGGCUAAAUAAAGAAAGAGAUGACCUCAUAGCAAGGUGUGAGGCAGAGAAAGAAGAGCUGAAAGAAGAAAUUGUUGCCCUUCAGCAGGAAAGGGAUGAUAGCCUGAUCAUGGCCGAAAGUGAUAAGCAACAGGCACUGUCUCUGAAAGAAUCUGAGAAGACACUGAUUGCAGAAAAGCUGGCGAGUGCACAGCGGGACCUGGCAGGAUUAACAUUAGAGAUGGAGCGUGUACGAAGAGAGGCGGUGAGCCGUCAAGAACAGGAUAGGGAUACCAUCAACAACAUCACCUCUGAGUUGCACACACUGAGAACACAAUUUGAGGAGGCAGUGACAGCUCACGAACGAGAGGUGCGCAGCCUGUGUGAACAGAUUAAAGAGAUGGGCCAGCAGAGGGAGCAGGCAGUCCGUGAGGUGGAAGAGCUGAAGACUCAGUUGCGGGUUGCAGAAGACGCACGAGACAGUGUCCGCCGAGACCUCAUUGAAGCUCACAGACGUGUGAGAGAAGGAGCAGAGGCCCAAAGUGCCCAACGCAAGGAGGUUCUAGAGUUGCGACGGGCUCUUAGUGAUGAAGCUCGAGAAAAGGAAGCUAUACUACAGUCCAAUGAAGAUCUGAGGGCCACUGUCAAGCAAUCCCAUAGUGACAAAAGCAGUCUUAAACGGUCUAAUGAAGAAAAAGAGCAGAGGCUGGCAAUCUUGGAGGAGUCCAAAGCAUCCCUGCAGAAGGAAAUAGCUGAACUGAGAGGCAGCUUGAGAGAAGUUGAGAAGUCACGACUUGAAGCAAGACGUGAACUACAGGAACUUCGUAGACAGGUUAAAACACUUGACAGUGAAAAUGGUAAGCUUACUAAGGAACUCACUGACCUUCAGGCCCGGCUGACACAAGACGAACAAAGAGAAGAGGAGAACCGCCGUGAAGCCUUGUCUUUAAAACAGAAAAUUGCUGAGACAGAAACAUGCAAAGAGACUGUCUUGAAAGAGGUGUCUGGGCUUCAGCAACAGGUGACAGAACUGGAGUCUGAGUUACAGCUCCGAGACAAAGAGCUCCAGAACAAUGCAGAAGACCUUCAAGCAAGCAAGCUCCAGAUGGAAGAGAAUGCCCGUGAGCUGGACGGUGCUCUGCAGAGGGCCAGUACUCAGGUCAGAGAUUUGACCUUAAAGCUCAGUGCCUCUGAGGGCCAUGUUCAUGCUCUCGAGACAGAACUGGAGAGGACUGAGUCAGCCAAGAGGGAUCUGGAAGUCCAACUGGGUGGUUUGCAUUCUGCCCUCCGACGUACGCUGGGCAUUACACGAGUUGGCAGGAUGCAGAGCCCUGCUCCACGAGGGCGCAGCCUGUCUCCAAAGAGGAGUUUAUCUCCAAUCAAAGGUUUGGAUGCCUUGGAAGGACUUCAGUGUUCUACUACCACCCCAUCUGGCAGCCGUUGCAGCUCUCCAAUUCGCUCAAUGUCCCCAACACAUGGUGGUGAUGUUGACCUGGACCCAGAAGUGGUUCGGAAUGCACUUCGGGACUUCUUACAGGAACUCCGCGAGGCUCAGAGAGACAGGGAUGAAGCUCAGCUGCAGGUUCUUAAUGUGUCUCGCCAGCUAGGGGAGUUGGAGAGUGAACGAGAGCGGACUUAUGUACGUAUCCAACAACUGCAGAAAUCCCUGGCAGACUCUGAGGAGGGAAAGCGUGGAAUGGAUGGAAAACUCAGUGGAGCGCAGACAGCACUCUUACUCCAAGAGGACUCCAUACGGCGAUCCGAGCAAGACAAAAAGGCCCUUGGAGAACAAGUGUCGACCCUAGAGCGCAGUUUACAGGCUGCAGAGUUAGAAAAAAGAGUAUUACAGGAAAAGCUGGGUCGACUGACUCUUCAGGACGGGAAACUUGAAGCAGAGAGGCGAAAGCUGAAAGAAUCCUUAGAUGCGUCAGAAAGUCGCUGCACCAAGCUGGAGCUGUCACAACGCACGAUGGAGGGUGAAAUACAAAGGCUGCAGAUGACACUCACUGAAAGGGACACUGAGUUACUAGCUUUGCAGGAACGAGUGUCUGGCCUGAGCAGAGAGUUGGCCACUAGUGAGGAUAAGGUGACAUCCCUGCAGGUGUCCGUGGAGAGGCUGAAUGUAGCUUUGGCCCGUACUGAAGAUGGAGAAAGUCAGCUAAAGGACAAGGUUCAAAGUCUUUCUCUGUCACUUAAUGACACUAGUGCCAAUGCCGGUGCUUUACAGGACCGUGUAUCGCAACUGCAGAAAGCGCUGACUGCUAGUGAGCAGGAUCGGCGGCUUAUUCAGGAACGGCUGGAUUCUGCUCGGGAAUCUCUGUCCGAGUGCAAGAAGCAAAACCAUACCCUGAUGGAAAAGGUUCACACCCUACAGAGAGAGCAAGAAGACAGUGAACUGCGACGGCUGGAGCUCGAGAGCCAAGUGAAACAGCUUCAGGAGAUGCUACGUCAGCGACAGGUCAGUGAACAAGAAGCCCAAGAAGGAACACGGCUGCUCGAAGAGGACCGGCAGGCUUUGCAGGACAGGAUGACUGCUCUCCAAAAGACUGUAGCGCAAUUAGAGAAUGAGCGUCGAGACAUAGAGAGAGCCAUGACACGCAUGGAAAAGGACAAGGCCGCCCUCAGGAAAACACUUGAUAAGGUGGAGCGCGAGAAAAUGAAGCAGGAAGAAGAAGCAAUGCGCUUGGGUUCAGACAAAGGUCAUCUUCAUCAGUCUCUGAGUAAUGCUGAACAGGAGCUUUGUGAAGUCCAGGUUCAAGUGCAACAGCUUCAGGCUCAGAUCUCAGACUUGGAGAGGGUCCAUGCACAACGCCUACUAGAAAUGACAACACGACACCGGCAAGAGAUGGAGCUGGAGACUGAGCGGUUACGUGGUUCUCAGCAACAGGCAGAACGCACCCUAGAGGCACGUGACCGAGCCCACAGACAGCGUGUCAAAGGCCUAGAGGAGCAGGUGGCCACUCUGAAAGAACAGUUAAACCAGGAGAUGAGACGCCGACAAGCUUAUGUCAACCAGAUCCUGCGCCCUGGUGUGUGAUAGAAGACGAUCAACAGCAUUUAUAGCCCAUCUACCUCCUAUACAGAAAGAGAAUGACAGCCUGGGCACUUGCUGGGACAUUUCUAAUUUUUCUGAUGCUGGAAUGAGCCCAAUAGGAUCAAAAGAUCAGUUAUUAUUUUUAUUAUGUUUGCAGUUUUGUAUGCUUUUUUAGAUGAAUUUAUUACUAAAAAAAAAUUUCAGUGAAAUCAAAGCGUGUAUAAACUUAUGAGUGUGAAAUAAAAAAAUUCAGGAAAUACA